CGGGGCACCCGGCUCCCCAGUCCGAGUCCAUCUUUGCCACCUGGCCUUCUCCCAGCGGGCGGGCGCAGGGUCUAGAGGCGUGGCACAAUCUUGGCCCCGCCCCCGCCGCGGGGCCGCUGGGGCCUGGUCGUCAUGACAACGGGCUGUACACUACCACAGCUAACCAGGCGGCGGGUGCUGGCUGCCCGCUCGCCUGCCUGCCUGCCCGAGUCGGGUAAUGGACUCCUCACAGUCGCGGUGCUGCAGCUUCUCGUCUGUGUCGAGAACACACCCUCGGCCUUCAGGGGUGACCAUGGAUGGCUUCUCCAUCUCAGGAUCCAAGAGCACCCAGAAACACACGCUUUCUCAGAAACGGAAGACGCUGCCCUUCCAUUUCUCCAUGGGCAGCCACCUGUCCCCGUGGCCCACACAUGCCAGCGGACAGACGAUUCUGCAGAAGCGAAAGCCCUGUUCUUCAGAUGACUACCAGAGGCGAUCAGGGAGCUGGCAGCAGCCCUUGAGCACUGCCAAACCCAGGUACCUGGAGCAGCUAGAGAACUACCUCCGCAAGGAGCUCCUCCUGCUGGACCUGGGCACGGAUAACUCCCAGGAGCUGAGGCUGCAGCCUUACAGAGAAAUCUUUGAGUUCUUCAUAGAGGACUUCAAAACGUACAAGCCAUUGCUGUCUUCCAUCAAGAAUGCCUACGAGGUGAUGCUGGCCCAUCAAAGGGAGAAGAUUCGGGCUCUGGAGCCGCUGAAGGCCAAGCUCGUCACUGUGAAUGAGGGCUGCAAUGAGAAGAUCCUGGCCAUGAGGGCUGAGGAGCGGAAUGAACUCUCCAUGCUGAAGACAGAGAAGAUGCACUUGCUAAAACUCAUUGACAAAAAGAAUGAGGAGAAGAUCUCACUGCAGAGCGAGGUGACCAAACUGAGGAAGAACUUGGCCGAAGAGUACCUGCACUACCUCACUGAGCGAGAUGCCCGCAAGAUUCUCAUUGCAGACCUGAAUGAGCUGCGCUACCAGCGAGAGGACAUGACACUGGCCCAGUCCCCGGAGGUCUGGGGGGAGGACCCUGUGAUGCUCACACUGGCUCUGAAGAUGGCCCGGCAAGACCUGACCCGUGCCCAGAUGGAGCUUAACACCAUGAAGGCCAACUUCGGAGAUGUGGUACCCAGGAGGGACUUUGAAAUGCAGGAGAAGACCAACAAGGAUCUUCAGGAGCAGCUGGAUGGCCUGAAAGCUGACUAUGAAGAGGUGCGCAAGGAGCAUGAGCUCCUGCUACAGCUGCACAUGAACACGCUCAAGGAGCGGGACCAGUUUUUAUCGGAGCUGCACGAGAUCCAGCGCACCUCCACGCCCCGGCCUGACUGGACCAAGUGCGAAGAUGUGGUGGCUGGGGGCCCAGAGCGCUGGCAGAUGCUGGCUGAGGGCAAGAACAGCGACCAGCUGGUGGACAUCCUCCUGGAGGAGAUUGGCGAGGGGCUGCUCCGGGAGAAGGACUUCUUCCCUGGUCUGGGCUUUGGGGAAUCCAUCCCCGCUUUCCUGCGGUUUGAAGGCCCCGUGCAGAACAAGAAGCCAACCAAGAAGGACGUGGUCAGCCUCCUCAAGGACGUCUGGAAGGAACGUCUAGCAGGGGAUAAGAAAGAGAAGUUCCCAGACUUCUUCUUCAGUUUCCUGGAGCGUCGCUUUGGGCCCCGGGAUGCCAUAGCCUGGGCUUACACCCUUUUUGAAAACAUCAAGCUGUUCCGCUCCAACGAGGUCAUGAGUCAGUUCUAUGCAGUUCUCAUGGGAAAGAGGAAGGAGAGUGUAUAUAUCAACCAGAAGGAGUUACUGGCCUACUUGCUGAAGGAGAUGACAAAUGCUGACAGUCAGAACGAGGGGCUAAUAACCAUGGAGCAGUUCAGCACCAUCCUCAAGAACACCUUUCCUCUAAAGAAGGGAGAGCAUAUUCAGGAGCUGAUGGAGAUAGGAGGCUGGCACCCCAACAGCAGCAAUGCAGACUUGCUCAACUACCGCUCAUUGUUUAUGGAGGAUGAGGAGGGCCAUAGUGAGCCCUUUGUGCAAAAGCUGUGGGAACAGUACAUGGAUGAGAAGGAUGAGUACCUCCAAGAGCUAAAGCAGGAGCUGGGCAUGGAACUCCGUGAUGAAGUGACCGUAUACAAGAUGCGUGUAGCCCUGAUGAACAUCGACCCCAGCCUGGAUAAGCAGACUCUGAGAGCCUACCUAAGCCAGGCCUUCCAGCUUCUGCCAUCAGAACUGCCAGAGGAGGGCAAUGAGAAGGAACACAGCAUUGCGACAGGGCUCAAGACUGCAAUGGAACAGCUGCAGGCGGCUGACAUCAAGCGCAUGGGACCUCGAGAGCAAGAGCCUGCAAACUAGGGCCCCACGGGCAGUCCGAGUGCUCCAGGGCUGCUAACCUCUGAUUUUUAGUAUAAAAAUUUGUUGGAACCCAUGGCUUUCUACAAGCUGUGCUAGGGAGUCAGGGGGGUGGGGAGGGAGACCUAGCCCCUGGAUAUGCAACAAAACGCAGAAUGUUCCAUGAUACU